CGCUCACCAGCACCUCCCGGUUCCUGCCCAUCCCCGCCUGCAGGCAGACCCCAUCGAGUCGACGACGCAACGCACAGAAGCAGUGUAUCUCUGCACCUCGGCAGCAUGGCUUCUCCAGAUGAUUGGCGCGGCCAACUCGCCUCAGCCAAGCUUUGCAUGAGCGAGAUUCGCUGCAAGAUCCAAGCCCAUCGACAGGCAAUCGAGAAGCACAACGACGAGAUCAAGGAUUUGGAGCGUCAGCUGAUGUAUUGUGAGCGCCAGAUCCAGGAGGUCGUCAUGUCGCUUGAGAGCAAUCCCUCGGCUGUCGAAAGCGCAUCUGGAUCUCUCGAGAAGACUGGAUCGAUGACUAUCAAAGAUCCGGCCACGGUAGCGGCAGCAAUUGCUGCUGCAGAUCGCUUCAUCCAAGACGAUGCCUCUGAAACUCAGAGCGACUCAAAAUCGGGCACCAACAAGGUCGACCCGUUGGCUCCAGCCCACCCAGAUCUGGCGCAAACUGCUCCGUCCCCCAACCCCAGCCAUCCCCCAAACAUGCUGCCAGCCAUUUCUGUACUCUCGGAAGAACAGCCGCCGUCAAGACCCCAUAUCCCGUUGGAUUUUGUUCGAAUAGCGUCGGCCCCGAUCGCGGGGCUGUUUGAGAACACAGUCGAUAACGAGGUCGUGGUCAAACCCACCGAUACCGAGCCCGAGCUCGAGCCCGAGGCCAUCAACCUCGAUGCUGUCGAUGUCGAUGCUGUCGAUGUCGAGCCCAGCCAUGGUUUUAGCUCUGCCAGUAUCGAGCUUGAUGGUAAAGCAGCCAAUCUUUUGUCGGCCAGCAGCUUCGACCCCGCUUCAAGUGCUCCAAUCGGCAGUAUACAGACGUCCUCGACAGCGGUGGCCAAUGUAGAUCGCGACGGCCCAAUUUCAGCACAAUCCAACACAGAUGCGGAUGAUAUAGAUGUGGACGUUGAGAUAUAUGAACCUGGAGAGCUCCCAGCCUCAGCAGCCGAGUCGUCCGACCUGCCAGAAAACGCCAGUAUCACCCAAGAGCGUACAUCUCAAGUGACACCGGCAACCGAAACCUCGACGCUGGUCACCAUUAUGUCGCUGGGGGCCACGAUCGCCCCGGGAACUGCCCUUCUCGUGCCUCCCCCCUUCGACGUGUUGCUUUCGGCUCCAACUAAGCCUGCUCCCAUCGAUCCUACCCCCAUUGAGUCUGCUCCCAUCAGUCCUGCCCCCGUCGAGUCUGCUCCCAUCGAGCCCAUUGGUCCUCCGGUCACUCUGCUGAUUCCAAGAGCGGCUUUGAUGCCCGAGCUGCUGGUUCCGCCGGGGCUCGUGAUCUCCGACCAUUUUGCACCAUCUCACAGCGUAUUUGCUCCUUCACCUGCCGGCAAGGACACAAACAAGCCAGUGGGCACCGUAGAUCCACAUGCAUCCCGCCUUACUGACGAUCAACCCGCUCCUGAGACUGCCAGUACAUCUGGGAACAAACCACUCAGCAACGCCAUUGAUGACGCUGUCGACUCUCGGGCUGCCAAUCGUCCCAGCCAGCCAGCCGCAACUGUCGUCUGCGAGACCAUCGGUGCCACUGGCGAGCGCUCCGUAGAUUGUGCUACCAAAAUUGCUCUCGACAAUCCCAUAGACUCCAGCUCUCUCGACGAAAUCAUCGACAAGUCCCUGGACGAUGUUCUCGGUACAGCAAGAUCGAAUACACCCGGAGUCAUUCCCGGUAUCGGUGCCACCACAGACGUGCCGGAAGAUUCAGCUGCUGCCUCAAUCGAUAAGGCGCCCGCCUCCUUGGCCCACGAUCUUACGAGCAGUACUAUCGCAGUACCGACUCCCAGCAUCGUCGCAAACACCGCUGCGCCAAUAGUUGGUGGAUCAAUCCAAGCGCCUUUGCCGCCCGCAAUCAGUAUUCCCCCCGAUACCCUUCCGGCUAAUGGCACUGCUGUCCCAUCCGUACCAGCGCCCUCGGCGUUCCCAACCUUUUUGGAACACGGCUCCGAUGCACCGAUAAACGCACCACCAACGACAGGCUACUACGAAUACGCUCUGCACCAAGCAAAAUUGAGCGGCGAAUGGCCUGCUUCAUACCCCUCGCCAACAGAUGUCCCCAUCACUGGUAUACGCUAUCGUGAGCUUGAUCAAACGGCAAAGCAGAGCAUGCCUCUGGUUUCUGCGGACCCGAAAGGCUCGCUCGGUGCAAUUCACAGGCCGCCCAAUCAAAUAGCACGGCCGUCGACCGAGUCUGGAGGCGCCGUCCCCACGUCCACGACAACAGCUCGCUCUGGACACCAUUUGUCGGGUCCCAAGAUCAAGAUCAAGCCAUUGAAGCCGUACCACCGACCGGGCCAUGCUGAACCCCCCGCUGCCCGACCUUCUGUAAAGCCGCUAUCUAAUGCGGCGCGACCUCUGGGGACACACAAAACCGAGACUGCUUCAGCCAAACCGCCGAUCGUGAUCAAACUUACGGCUCAACGUCCGAUCCAUCGCCCCAGCGAAGUGAACACUGGAGUUCAGCAGAGACCUGUGGGCUCUCCGCAAGCACCCAAAGCCACCAAUGCCAACACCAACACCAACACUGGUACUAGCAUCGGUACCAGUGCCAGCACCAUGCCUGUGCCCAGUGGUGGUGCGACCUCGGUGCAACUCUCGUCUCAAAGCCAGCGUCCGAUAAAGCCAUCUCAUGAUUUAUCACACCACAGUCGUGUCCAGCAAAAGGACGGACCCAAGCCCGCCGAUGUUCAUUCAACACCUUCGAAGAUUCAGUCACUCAGUCAUUCGUUGCCGCCUUCAGUCAAGCACAGUGCUGCUAUCACACCUCAGCGUUCACUUUCAAGCCACGGUGAAGAUCCUAGCAGCGACUCUCGCUCUUCGGCUGUUUCCCAACGAUCACACAGCUCACACAAAGGAAACUCGUCGACGGCACGGACACCGCCGCCCCUGGUGUCCAAGGAUGUGACUGUAUCUCUCGGCUCCGCAAGUAGCAGCGACAGCGAUGACGGAGAGGAGCAGCUGGACUAUAAAAUUAAGAGAAAGAGUAAAUCGGAUUCCGCAGUGACACCGAGCAAAAAGAUGAGAACUCUGGAAGAGAACAUGCCCAUCUUCAUGACACACAGCAAAUAUCUGGAGAUUAUUGCCAAUGCGACCAGCUCACUCUGGAGCAGCGUCUUUGGGGGUCCGAUCCAAGGCGGAAAUGUAGUGUUCGAGUUCCUGGACCGUGUGCACGAAAUCAUCAACAACGAGGCAGUCAAGAUAUCCCACGAAAGCGACAAGGACGAAGAUGGCGAGAAAAUCGAGAUCUUCAAUUUCACCGAAACCAACGAUAUGCGGGGCAUCCUCACAGACCUCGUGCUUCCACAUGAUGCAGAUAGCGACCAGGGAGAAGGCCGGAGGAAAUCGCGAUCCACAAAGUGCUGCAAGCUGCAGAACUUUAUCGGCGUCGAUUCGGACAAAAAGUCAUUCUCACACCACGUCCACGAAGUGGCGACGAACCGGCUGCAGAACCACUGGCGCAACUACAGCGCUAACAGCAAAAGCGUCAAGACAGCAGAGCGGCUUACGAUGCUCACGCUUGUUUGGAUCGGUAUACUCCGGAUCGAAGACUUUGAUAUCAUCAUGGCUGCCAUAUCAACCUGUCCCGCCUUCUACGACUGCCUCUUUGAAGUUUACAUGUCGCUGCGCGAGCUCUGCCCCGACAUGAUGGCCGAGAUCAACAUGCUGUACCGCUACAUCGGGGUGUUUCACACAUACGGUCUCAUCGACCGAGACAACAAGAACAGACUUCCGCUCUUCUGGAUCUAUGGCAAGAAGGAGAUCUUGAUUCGUCCGGUCGAAGACAGCGUGCGGUACAUCGGCUAUAUUUUCACAACCAAGGAGGAGAUAUUGAAGCAAACAAAGUUUCUGGAAGUGAUGAGCACCAAGUUGCAGGAUUUGAUCAAUGAUGUCAUCACCACCGACCGGCUCGUUUUUAUGUGCAAAUUUGAGCCGCGCAAGCAGUACAACCGCGAUUUGAUUUUGGUCAAGAACCUCAUGCAAAAGGGUGGUCAGCGCAUGUUCCGGACGCUCCGUAACCUUGGGUGCUUCUACGACUCCUCGGAUAACGACACUACCAGCCCUUGCACUAAGAGUCGGCACAUCUGCACCACAGACACGGUCCAGAGGUUCCGAAACAAAAUCCAAACGCUGGACACCCAGACAGGCAUCAAGUUCGACAGUGAGUGCGGUAUCUGGAUGUUUCUGUCGUUUUGCGCCUUCUUCGAGCCCAGUUUCUCGAUCCUACACAUUCUUCUCGAGAAGCAUGAGCAGUACAGACGGUUCAAGAGGUUCCUGACGCAGCAUGAUAUCAUCCACAAAGCUGAAAAGAUCGAUGCGCAUAACACCGUCGUGAUCGACAGCGAGGGUAAACUGCUCAAGCUGUAGUCUUCAGGCGACUGGGUCGUUGGUGUCAAGUCAGCCCUUCUCGUGAUUAUGGGAUAGUAUGUCAUGCGAUUGGUGCCGUAGCCAACGGCUCAGCACAAUUUGGCUAUCCACCGUGCAGUGCAGUGGAGUGCAUCUGGGGAAGGCAAACCCGGUAGGGUGGCUGCAGCCAAGCAACACCAGUAUAUCAGCUUGGUAUUGUUGUUUCAAUAGGCCAU